GCCCUGUGAGGGCGAGGGCAGCCAGCGCUGACACGGGAUGGGCCGGGCGGCACCAGCCCGGUGAAGAAAACGAGAGCCAGGAGCCUCCGCCGCGCCCUGGCAGGUGGAGGCGGCCUCGGCGACAACAGCACCGCGCGGGAACCUCUGGGCCGCGGCCGGGGCCGCCGGGGGCACGGGCCAGGCGUGCCCAUGGGCAAGGCGGUCCCCGCGGGCCGGCAUGGCCGCGGGCCGGGAUGGCCGCGGGCAGCGCGGGGCGGCCGAGCGGCGGCAGCGGCGCCGUGCGGGGCGCGGGGGCCAGGACAUGGCGCGGCGGGCCCGAGGCACCGUGGCGGGCCCGCUGGCCAACACUGCGGCGCCUCGGGGAGCUGCGACCCUAACGCCGCCAACUCCUACGGCAGGACCCCCACCCAGGUGAUGAUGCUGGGCAGCCCGCGGGUGGCCGAGCUGCUGCUGCGGCGCGGAGCCGACCCCAACCGCCCCGACCCGCGCACCGGCUGCCUCCCGGCGCACGACGCGGCCCGGGCCGGCUUUCCGGAGACGCUGGCGGCGCUGCACCGGGCCGGGGCGCGCCUCGACCUCCCCGACGGCCGCGGCCGCCUGCCCCUUGACGUGGCGGCGGGGGGCCCGCACGGAGCGGUGGGGCGGUACCUGCGCGACCCGCCGGCCCGUGCCAACCUCUCCCCGCGCCAUUGCCCGCGCCCGAUUCGGGAGACACCGAGUCCUCAUGCGAUGCUCUGAAUAAACCCGGAUCACUCUUCCCUGCUGGGAUGCACGAAGGACAGUAUUUUUUACUCAUGCCCGUAUAUUAUCCUGCACUGGAAAUGCUCUGGCCCUCUGCAGGCUCCCUUUUUAACACAAGAGUCCAAACACUGAAGAGAAAUAUGA